AUGGAUCAAAUCCCGCCGUACGAGUUCAAUAAGUACGUCUUCGCAGCUCGUGCUGCCGUCGUCACGUGCUCUUCGUUCGAGCUCCUCUUGGUGCUGUUCGGAUCGCUCGGCGACAGCAACAUACUCGCCAAGCUCUUCUACUUCAUCUUCCUCGGAGGCGCAGCGGCCGUCUCCGCUCACAACAUCGCCCUCAACGUGGACGGUCGUGAGGAGAUCAAAAAGGUGCUGGGAUCAACGGAAAAUGAAGUUCGUGGCCGAUCUGCUGCUCUGGUGGCCGUGCCGGCCGUUGCCGGAGUGUUCGUGUUCCUGUGCGUCUCUGGCCACGCUUUCUUCUCGCUCUUCGUGCUCAUCCACGUGCUCGCUUCGGUCGGACAACUCGGACUCGAGGCGUACGAAGUUAGCAAAGGAGGAGCCGGAGCCGGAGCCGGGGCCGAGGUUUCGCAGGUUAUUCAGCAACCACAAGCCCCGCCUGCUCCAGAAGGACAGCCUCAGGCACCACCGGCACCACAGUGA